AUGCCGCCGAUGGUCAGGCGUGAGGUUGAACUGGCAAAGGGUGGCUGUCUGCAGUGUGGUGGACCUGAUGCUGUGGUUCGCGCAUGGUAUGGUAAACGAGGAGCGGAGUGGCAAGUGGAGUCUGGCUGCGAUGUAACAGAGAAGGUGAAGGGUCUAUUACGCCAGGGCCAACCAGUGAGUGCAGAAACCUUGCUACACGGCGUACCGACCCACAAUGGCGAUGAGGUGCUGCAGGUUGAGCUUGUGCCCAGGACCGCCGACACCUUCCUGCAUGAUGAGCCCAUGGAUGAACCUUGGAGAAGUGAUGCCGACCUCGCAGCGCUGGAUGCGGAUGCAGGAACCCGCUGUUGGGAAAAUGCCCUGUUUGGCUGUCCGCGUGUAGAGGUCAAGGAGCGCAUGGUUGAAGAACUCGGCCAGAGAGACGGCGAUGCCCGGUACCACCAGCUAGAUCUACAUGCAGUGGGCCUUGCAUCUAUCAGCAAAAUGACGAGGGUGAAGUUUCCAAGACUUGACUGGCUGGGUCGUCUUUCAGGAAUCAGCUAUAUCGUUGGCGAAAACGAGCUGGAGUUGGCGUCUGCCGGAAUGCUGAAGUUGACAACCAAGUUUAAGCUUCACGCUCCUUCCUUGGCUUGCGAGUUGCCAAAAGCAGCUGAUGGGAAUGUGGUGGGUUGUGGCUUUGUAGCUGGACAAAGCAAAGUGCAUGUCCACAUCUUUGGCCGCGCCGUUCUUCAGGCUGAUGUGCAAGGGGGUCCAGUGACGCCCCUGGGCACGUUUAACAUGGCUGUGUUGAGCACGUCCACACCCAGCUGCGAUGAUUCCUACUCUGCCACUGUUCUGUGGGACGAAGCUCCUACCAACCAUGUGGGGCAAACCAUCCAUCUGGAGGAAUGGAGAAAUGUCAAUUUGAAUGACGAAGUAGUUGAAACCAUCCAUGGGGUUUCUGACCUCGAGGACGCACGCAAGCGAGCGCUGGCUUGGAUUGCAGAAGGGGGCGCCAUUCACAACAUGAGGACGGCAGUUCUUACCACACACACCAGCCCAGGAACGCUGUACUUGAAGCAGCUUGUGCGUCCUGGCCCUGGCAUCUUGAACCACCCCUGUAGUUACUAUGCGGGUCAGAGCUGGUGCGCAGAUUUCAGACACCGUGACACUUUCUUUUUUUGUUUGCCAGCAAGCGCGAGGCAAGACAUUCCGCCUGCCUUGCUGGGCCGACAGCCAUGUUCAGAAGUUGUUGUGAUGAUGGACUUGCACAUAUACAAAUCCAAGAAGUUCGCGUGGCUUGGCGUGACUCUCGAGACCGAGACAGGCCCUGUAAGCAGUGAGCUCCUUGCUUUGCGGAAGCGAAUUGAGCUUCGAACGCCUCUGAAUGAGGAUGAUUACGUGCCACCCGGCACUGUUGGGGUCUCCAUUCGCUCAGAGGGUGUGAGGGUGUCACCUUUGUACGUGAGCCGCUAUAUGACCGAUUUUGUGGAGCUCUGCACGGAACUCUGCUGGGUGCGGAUGUGUUUUGGCAUUAUGGUGCUUGCCUUUUGGUCCAGCAUGAUUUUGUUCAACCCGCUGGUUGUGGAGAGCUUCUUGCACGCUCGCGAUGACGGUGAGGACCGUGCCCCAACAGUCAGAUUGUGCUUUUGGGGUUUUCUCCUCAGCACGGCUGCCUUGGUCUGGUCCGAAAUCCGAUUGGCGCUCUGCUGCAAAAGAGGCCAGGAACUUCUCCGAAACCGCAGGGUGGCUUUUGCACUGGCCAUGGCGCUAAGCUGCUUGGAAAAGUACGACACGUACGGGGACUUGAAUUUCGUCCGCAUUGCAAGGCAGCACCACCCGGACGGAUUGAUUUGGAGAGUGGGCCUUGCAGCUUUCAUCGUGGGAGUGGGAGUUAUGCAGAUCUUGCCAUCACUGGUACUUCUCACAAGUUGCGUCUUCAAUGGCAAGACUUGCGCAGGGGUGCCGAAGGACUUUGUCCUUUGCUGCCGCUUCUCCGGCCUGCACUUGCUGAUGGAGAGCAUCAAUCCGCGCCAUGCUGCUGCCGCGGAGCAGGUGCUACAGCCAGCGAGGAAGCCAGGAGAGACAGAGAUGGGGAAAGACGAGACAGAGGCUGCACCACUGUUGCCACCUGCGAGACAAGCCAGCGUUCAGGCCAAAGAGGAGGAUGGAGAUGCAGGCAAGGAGCAAGGAUCGGGCACAGCAACAGGUGCCCGUGGCUAUUGCGAUGUACCAGAAAACCCAAUAGCGAUACAUCAGGUCCAAGAUGUGUUGAAGCAGAGCAAGCUGGCGCGAGUUAAGAAGAUUGUGGGUGCAGUACGUUUCGUAUUCGAAGACCUGAUUCAGGGCAUCCUCCAGAUAUGGUUUCUUGCCUACCGUUGGGAUCAGCUGAACGUUUUCCAGCGGGGGCAAGUCAUCUUCAGUGUCACAGCCGGCAUCAUGGUGUCGUCCGCGGGUCCUUUCCUGGAGCAGCGAAAGCUCUCCAAAAGCACGAGCCAGCUCGAAGGGCAUGCUUCUUGGCAAGCCGCAGGCGGUCCGAUUUGUGAUACACUGGUGGAGAUCCUUGAAAGUGAGAAGAGCUGGGAUGGUACCCACGAAGGUGCAGUCCAGCAGCUCUCGUUCGACAAGCCCUUGCGGUGCCUGAGCGAUGUGCCCGAGAUUUUGCCCAAUGGCACGAGGGCCUCUCCCAGGCAGCUGAUUACAGGCACUGUCAUGUGCACACCGCAGAGGAAGUAUGCCACAGCCAUAACUCAGUACAUCUUGGGUUUUGCGAAUGAAAACGGGGAGGCAAGUCACAAGGUGCCACUUUUCAAUGGGAUGCCCGGCUCAGACCCGCAGGCUAGGAAGGUAGGGUUCAGCAUCGAGGCGCCGGACGCUGCUGGAAUUUAUCCAGUGGGUUGGCACUUUGACAUGCAGUACAACAUGGAGGACGCCAUGGGAAAGUACCAAAAAGUGGCCAAGCACAAGGCCAUCGGCUACAUCAUCGUGGACAACGGUCUGGUCAACAGGGAUUGA